AUGGAGAGUGACAAAGAACCAACAGAGAAAGAUGGAGCUAACAACAAGGACAUAACAAGCAAGAAUGUCUCAGAAAAGCUCACAGAAGAGAACAACCAACCACAAAAUUUGAAGAAGGAAAAGCAGAUCAUGGAAGAACCAAAUCCAAGACAGCAGCAAGUGGAGAAGAGUCUUACACCUCUACUGCCUUAUCCCCAAAGAUUCCACAAAGAAGCAAAGGAUCAGCACUUUCAUAAGUUCUUCGAGACUUUCAAGAAGCUAGAGAUUAACAUUUCCUUGGCUGAGGCAUUAGAGCAAAUGCCUUUGUAUGCUAAGUUCUUGAAGGAGCUUAUCAACAAGAAAAGAAGUUGGGAUGAGAAAGAGACUAUACUGCUUACUGAGGAAUGCAGGGCCUUGAUUCAGAGAGGGCUUCCCCCUAAGCUUGCAGACCCUGGAAGUUUCUUUCUGCCAUGCACCAUUGGGAGAUUAACCAUCAACAAGGCAAUGUGUGAUCUAGGAGCAAGUAUCAACUUAAUACCCUCUUCUUUAGUGAAAAAGCUGUGUAUAGAGAAAAUUAAGCACAUACAAAUGUCUCUAGAACUGGUAGAUAAGUCAGUAGUAUAUCCCAGGGGUGUGAUUGAAAACCUUCUAGUCAAGGUGGACAAAUUCAUAUACCCUGCAGACUUUGUGGUUUUAGAUUCAGAUGAGGAUGAAGGUGAUUCUGUCAUACUGGGGAGACCUUUCUUGGCCACUGCUAGAGCCAUUAUAGAUGUGGAACAAGGAAAACUAACCCUUAAAAUGCCUGAAGAGAACAUCAUCUUGAAUGUGUUUUCAGAGACACAGUCCAGUAAUGAGAAGAAUAACUGCAUGGAGGUUGACAAAGGAAGCUUACACUGGAAGGAAGGAACCAGCAAGAUAGUUGAAAUCAUCUUCCAAGGCAAGAAACAAACAACACAGCAUGCCAAAAAAAGAGUGAACCUGAGCAAAGUGAAGAACAAAAUCAAGAAGGGAUCAAAGUGCUGA